AGAUUAAGGCCGGGGAAGGGGAAUAAGCCUUAAAACGAUCGCAGUUUGCCGCUUUAACGCACGUGUGCUCAGCUCAGUGUUAUUGUGCUUCGAUUUGGGCCCAACGACAUGGUCAUCCUUCGCCUUUAUGAUGUGCAGGCCCACUCACCUGCUGAGGAGCAGAGUGUCCUGCGGCGACUGCAAGAGGAAGACGCCGGCGUGGUGUCUGUGCGCAUGGAGCGAUGCUACCAUCUGGAGUACAGCACUCAGGCAGAACACCCUCUGGCCCUGGACGAGCUCUUGGUCUGGCUGGUAAAGCAACCACUGAGCAGUGGCCAGAGCUUGGCCAGACAGCCUGCUCUCCAGUCGGGGGGUCAGGCGCAGUUGCUCCUGGAGAUUGGACCGCGCUUUAACUUCUCUACGCCCUACUCCACGAAUUGCGUGAAUAUAUUCCACAACCUCGGGUAUUCCGAGGUCCGACGGGUAGAAGCCUCAACUCGUUAUCUGCUGACCUUUCGCGAAGGCCCGCAGGUGCCGGAGGCGACCAAAUUCGUUUUUCUGCUAGGCGACCGCAUGACCCAGUGCCUGUACACCGAGGAGAACACCCCCAAGGCGACCUUUGAUGAGCAGCUCCCAGAACAACAGGCCAACUGGUGUUAUGUGCCCGUCUUGGAGGAGGGACGUAAAGCGCUGGAGCUGAUAAAUCAAAAGCUGGGCCUAGCUUUCAACGACUUCGAUCUGGACUACUACCACGAUUUGUUCUCCAAGGAACUGAAACGCAAUCCCACUACUGUGGAGCUUUUCGACUGCGCUCAGAGCAACAGCGAGCACUCGCGCCAUUGGUUUUUCCGGGGACGCAUGGUGAUUGAUGGUGUAGAGCAGCCAAAGUCACUGAUUCGAAUGAUAAUGGACACUCAGACUCACACGAACCCCAACAACACCAUUAAGUUCAGCGACAACAGCAGCGCCAUGGUGGGAUUCCUGCACAAGGCCAUAGUUCCGUCAUCCGUAGUGGCUUCCGGUCCAGUGCACUUGAAGAGCGUGCAGUCUGACCUGAUUUUUACGGCGGAGACCCAUAACAUGCCUACGGCAGUGGCGCCGUUCAGCGGGGCCACUACCGGCACGGGGGGACGCCUGCGUGAUGUUCAGGGCGUGGGGAGAGGAGGCAUUCCGAUAGCUGGCACCGCCGGGUACUGCGUGGGAGCUCUUCACAUUCCAGGAUAUAAACAGCCGUACGAGCCAUCGGACUAUAAAUAUCCAGCGACGUUUGCGCCACCACUUCAGGUGCUUAUAGAGGCGAGCAAUGGCGCCUCAGACUACGGGAACAAGUUUGGCGAACCUGUGAUCUCCGGAUUCGCACUUUCCUAUGGAUUAAAUAGUUCAGCCGAUGCCAGUCAGCGUAAUGAGUAUGUAAAACCGAUCAUGUUCAGCGGUGGCCUUGGCACCAUGCCCGCGUCAAUGCGGGAGAAGUUGCCACCGGCUCGUGGUCAGUUGUUGGCCAAAAUCGGCGGUCCAGUGUACAGGAUAGGAGUGGGUGGCGGCGCCGCAAGCUCCGUUGAAGUACAAGGAUCAGGAGAUGCUGAGCUGGACUUUAAUGCCGUACAGCGGGGAGACGCCGAAAUGGAGAACAAGUUAAAUCGGGUCGUGCGCGCCUGUCUGGAAAUGGGCGACCAAAAUCCUAUACUAGCCAUCCACGACCAGGGAGCUGGCGGCAAUGGCAAUGUCCUCAAAGAACUGGUUGAACCAGGCUUCGCCGGAGCCAUUAUUUUUUCCAAGGAGUUCCAACUAGGCGAUCCCACAAUUACUGCCCUUGAGUUGUGGGGUGCCGAGUACCAGGAGAACAACGCCAUUCUGUGCAAGGCAGAGCACCGUGAGCUACUGGAGAAGAUCUGCCGGCGCGAGCGCUGUCCUAUUAGCUUCGUUGGAGUGGUGACGGGAGAUGGUCGCGUAACGCUGCUAGAGACGGCUGCGCCAAAGGAUUUUGAGCAGGCGUUGAACGAAUUUGAUCGGAGCACAAUGUUGCCCUUCGAUUUGGAGCUCAAGUAUGUUUUGGGUGAUAUGCCAAAGAGAACAUACGACUUGAGACGCGAACUGACGCCGCUAAGGGCCUUGUGUCUACCGAAAGACUUGUGCCUGGACGAGGCUUUGGAGAGAGUUCUUAGUUUAGUCGCAGUGGGCAGCAAGCGCUUUCUUACUAACAAGGUGGAUCGCUGUGUUGGCGGGUUGAUCGCGCAACAACAGUGUGUGGGCCCGCUGCAAGCUCCACUUUCGGACUACGCGUUGACUACCGUCUCCCACUUUAGCCAUGCCGGCAUUGCCACCUCAAUUGGUACCCAGCCGCUCAAGGGAUUGCUUGAUCCUGGCGCAAUGGCCAGGAUGUGUGUCGCUGAAGCGGUGAGUAACCUCGUCUUUGUAAAGAUUAGCGAACUGCCGGACGUCAAGUGCUCAGGUAACUGGAUGUGGGCAGCAAAGCUUCCCGGGGAGGGAGCGAGAAUGUACGACGCCUGCAAGGAGCUGUGCCACAUUCUCGAGGAGCUACACAUCGCCGUCGACGGGGGAAAAGACUCUCUGUCCAUGGCUGCCAAGGUGGAAGGCGAUACAAUAAAAUCCCCGGGUACUCUUGUCAUCUCCACCUACGCUCCCUGUCCGGAUGUACGGCUCAGGGUUACACCCGAUCUAAAGGGACCAGGCUCUGGCUCCAAGACUGCGUUGCUCUGGAUAAAUCUAGAAAACAGGCUUCGACUGGGUGGCUCGGCUCUGGCUCAGGCCUACGCCCAGCAGGGGAAUGAGACGCCAAACUUGACGAGGAGUGAUCUGCUGGGCAAGGCAUUUGCAGUCACCCAAUCGUUGUUGGGGGAUGGGCUUCUAAGGGCAGGGCACGAUGUUAGCGACGGAGGAUUGAUCGUUUGCCUGUUGGAGAUGGCCAUUGGCGGGCUGAGCGGCCUUCAAGUAAACCUAUCAGAGCCCUUGGCAAAGCUAAAUAACUACGAUACGGCUGUCGAGAAACUCAAUCGUCCCGAACUAGCUCUUCUCUUCGCCGAGGAGUGUGGAUGGGUAGUGGAAAUAUUGGAAACGGACUUAGAGCGAGUUCGAUCAAUCUAUACUGACGCGGGAGUGCCGAACUUUUAUUUGGGCGUUACCGAGGGCUUCGGGCUUGAUUCCCGAGUGGUAAUCAAGCACGGUGCAUCAGCGCUAUUGGAUCAGCCACUCCGUUUGGUAUACCAAAAAUGGGAGCGCACUAGUUACGAGCUGGAGAAGCUUCAGACCAACCCGGAGUGCGCUGAGGCCGAGUACAGUAGCCUUGAAUAUCGCCAAGCGCCUAAGUAUAGAGGUCCCUUAAAUCUGCAGGCUGAGCUUACUCUUAAGCGAUCCAGCGCCCCAGUUCGCGUGGCAGUGCUCCGGGAGGAAGGUGUUAACAGUGAGCGGGAGAUGAUGGCAUGCCUGCUUAAGGCAAACUUCGAGGUGCAUGAUGUCACCAUGUCGGAUCUAUUGCAAGGCACCACAAACGUGUCCCAGUACAGGGGACUUAUCUUUCCGGGUGGCUUCAGCUAUGCGGACACUUUAGGAUCGGCCAAGGGCUGGGCAGCCAACAUUCUCCACAAUCCCGUUCUUUUGCCACAGUUUGAGGCCUUCAAGCGCAGCCAAGAUGUUUUCUCUUUGGGCAUUUGCAAUGGUUGCCAACUAAUGACUCUUAUUGGAUUUGUUGGAAGCCCAGGCAGCGAAGUGGGUGUAGAUCCCGAUGUGGCCCUCCUCCAUAACCGAUCACAGCGAUUCGAGUGCCGCUGGGCCACAGUUAGGAUUCCAGCGAAUCGCUCCAUCAUGCUCGAAAGCAUGAAGGAUCUGAUACUAGGGUGCUGGGUGGCUCACGGAGAAGGUCGCUUUGCAUUCAGGGAAGAAAAGCUCAUAGGCGAGCUGCAGUCGAAUGAGAUGGUGACUUUGCAGUAUGUUGAUGAUGAAGGCAAGCCCACAGAACUCUAUCCACUUAAUCCGAACGGCAGUCCUCGAGGAAUUGCUGGUCUUUGCUCAACUGAUGGACGUCAUUUGGCUUUAAUGCCACAUCCAGAGCGUUGCUCGGCUAUGUACCAGUGGCCAUAUGUUCCACCCUCUUUCCAGGUUUCCCCCACACAGGCGGAGAGUCCCUGGCAGAUAAUGUUUAACAACGCGUACAAUUGGUGUGUCAAGUCGGAUCAAUAAGAAUCCUACGGGUAACAGAAACAUUUAAAAGCAUUCUAAAGUAUACAAUACACCGAUUUUUGUUUACUAUACUUAUACAAAGUACCUAAAACGCUGAUAAAGCUAUUAAACUCAAAAUAAAUGUAUGUAUGUACGUGAAAACAAG